AUGCGGCGUGGGCCAGGCAUCGCCGGGCUGCAGCAGGCAGCCCGGACAAAGGAGCAAUUUAAACUGACGGGGGAGGAGGUCAAGAAGAACACGUUGCAGGCCAUGCACGAGCAGCUGGCCGCCUUCCGCACCAACUUGGAGGAGUUUGCUCGGAAGCACCGCGCCGAUAUCCGACGCGACCCCGUGUUCCGGGCGCAGUUCCACACAAUGUGUGCCAACAUCGGAGUGGACCCGCUGGCGUCCAACAAGAGUUUGUGGGCCUCCACUCUGGGGCUUGGCGACUACUACUACGAACUGGGGGUUCAGGUCCGUGCCAUCCGCAAGUUGAGAGUGCUGGGAGGCGGAUUCGAUCUGGUGACCAUCGGCGGCAGCCAGUACGUGCGCUCCGUGCCGGGCGAGCUGAACCUUGACAAGAACCGGGCCCUGGAGGUGGCGCAGGGCAAGGGUUUCACCUCUGUCGCGGAGAUGUGCAAGACGGCGGGGUGGCCCGCGGGCCGGGCGGAGGACGUGUUGCAGGCUCUCACCGGCGAGGGCAUUGCCUGGGUGGACGACGGCGCCCCUGACGGGGUCCGGCUGUUCUGGUUUCCUUGCCUCGGAGGUGGCUUAGACCAGGCGGCAUGA